AAUUGCUGCAGGUGUGACGUUUUCAAAAAAUAAUAAUACACAAAAAUUCAAAAAUAAAUAAUAAUAUAAAAAGCAAAUAAUUUUAUUUUGAUGGAUUUUCCUGCAACUCCUUCCAAUGCUUCAGAUAGCAAUGAUUACUCGGGUCUCCCGCCUUUACAAAUCGAUACAUCGCAAGAUAAUAAAAGACGAAGCUCCUCUAGAUCGAUUAAACGGAGGCGUUUUGAUGAUGAACUAGUAGAAUACAGCUUAAGUUUGUCAGGCGCUUCGCUUGGUAAAAAUGAAAAGAGAAUGCGUACUCAGUCUUACACCAGCCACUUGCCAGAGUUUCCUAUCCUCGGAAGUGUGCCAGCGACGUCUGUGACACCUGUUCAGGAGCGCAGACGAGCUUCGAGCAAGAUUUCUGGAAGUGUCGGUCGAAAGUCACGACGCAAGGGCCAGCUUAGCCAGCUAUCAACAAAGGACUUAGGGCGAUGGAAACCUACAGAUGACCUUGCUUUGAUUCUAGGUGUCCAACAGACAAAUGAUCUCCGUGUAGUCCACAGAGGGAUCAAGUUCUCCUGCAGAUUUACAGUGGGUGAGCUACAGUCCCGCUGGUACGCUCUGCUGUACAAUGCUGAAGUAUCCCGAGUGGCCAUCGCUGCCAUGCGCAACCUGCACCCAGACCUCAUUGCUGCAGUCCAGCAACAAGCAUUGUAUUCUAAUGCGGAGGAGGAGCUACUUGGCACUCUACCAAGUAAUUCUCAUCCAGCCCCAGAAAAGUUUCAAGAGUUGUUGGAGCAGAACCCGCAUGUGUUCUACCCCACCAGAACUGCCAAGUCCCUCAUGAACCACUGGCAGCUCCUCAAGCAGUACCAGCUGCUGCCCGACCAGACAGUGCAGCCCUUGCCUAAAGGGCAAGGUGACAAUGUGAUGACAUUCUCUGAUGCUGAGGAAACAAUGAAUGAUGCUGAACUACCGGACUAUAAAGAAGAUGGCAUUGACGUAGACAUGCAUCUGGCUGACAGAAUAGAGAAAAAGGACAUCCGUCUACUUGAAAAUUCGCUGUCUCGUUGGCAAGUGCUGGUGCAAUCAGUGGCGGGCGGCGGCGUCGAGCUAGACAAGAACACGCUCGCUGUGUUGAGAGGUCGCCUCGUGCGGUACCUCAUGCGCUCUAGAGAGAUCGCAGUCGGGCGAAGCACCAGGGAUCACACAAUCGACGUGGACCUCAGCCUAGAGGGCCCAGCGGCGAAGGUCUCGAGGAAGCAGGCCACGAUCCGCCUCAGAAACAGCGGCGAUUUCUUUAUGUCCUCUGAAGGCAAGCGGCCGAUUUUCGUUGACGGGCGGCCAGUGCUUCAAGGGAAUAAAGUUAAACUCAACCACAAUAGUGUUAUCGAGAUAGCGGGACUUCGCUUCGUGUUCCUGAUUAACCAAGAAUUGAUCAGCGCCAUCCGACAAGAAGCCGUUAAAGUGACCAUACCUGUGUAAUAAAAUACUUAAUAAAGGGUGAUAGUAAAAAC